CCUUCCGUCACGUUUCAUGACGCUUGCUUUAGCACGAGCCUUAAGGGUGGUUUGUCCUUUUUAGCUUUACUUUUCACUCCCCCUACUUCGACCUCUUUAUAUGAGGCAAUUUCUAAAGACCCAUGA